AUGAUUCGUCCAGGCGACUCGCUGCUGAAAUACGAGAGACCGGUUUUGCUCACUAAAAAGGGACGCCCUUUGAAAGUAAGCUCUCAGCAGCCUCUUGGCUCUACACCUGUCCCACCACCUCCUAAACUACACUCGGCUUCUGCUGAGGCUGCCAAGCAGGAGAAUAAGGAAAUCCUCGACAUCAUCUUCCACCCCAGGGAAUGGACAGAGGGAGACAAAGUGUGGGUGCAGCGAGUGUCCAGCGCACCUUGUACAAGAGAAGAUGUAUUGCACCUAGAGGAACUCCUAGACAAAAAACUGCAGCAAAGACAGGCCAGCGAACUGGGUAUCUGCCCUACCCGCAGGGAGCUCUAUUCCCAGUGUUUUGAUGAAUUAGUCAGACAGGUAACCAUCAGCUGCGCUGAGAGGGGUAGCCUGCUGUCACGAGUUAGAGAUGAGAGUCAGAGGACUAUCACUGCCUACCAUACACUGUAUGAAAGCAGCACAGCUUAUGGCAUGAGGAAAGCACUGCAGGCUGAGAUGCUCAAGUCAGACAUGGAAAAAAGAAUCUUGGAGCUACAAAAUGAAAAACAAAAACUGAAGAAGGAGCUGGAUGAAGAGGGAAGCGAAGUGCAAUGAUGCUGAACAGAGAAAAAAGAGAGACGCGACAAAAUUGACGACCUAAGAGAGCCAACCAACAGCUUAUGGCUCAACUGGAAGGGAUAA